CCUGCUCCUUCUGCGCGCCGCUUGCGUCGGGGGAGGCUCCAGCGCUGGGCAGGUGCGGAACAUCUAUAAGGCUGCAUGGAUUCCUGGCCACUUUUCUUUUUCGACUUUUUAAAUCGGGAAGCUUGUCGGACCGUCAGGGCACCCACUCACUGCCUUUGUGAGCAACUUCUCUCAGAAGUCUGUGCAGGUCGACCGGCCAUUGCGCCAGGUUCUCUUACCCAGAAACCAUUGCCGGUGUGUGGAGCUCUCCCCACACCUGCCCCCUGCCAAAUCACGGCCUUUACCUGUGUGUUCCAGUGUUUUCCCUGCGACCCGUCCUGUGGGAGCACCUCGUGGGCCACCCCCGAGUUCACGCAGCGUUCCGUGGCGCCAAUGGUGAAGAUGACAAGGUCCAAGACGUUUCAGGCCUACCUGCCUUCAUGCCACAGAACCUACAGCUGCAUCCACUGCAGAGCCCACCUCGCCAAUCACGACGAACUCAUUUCCAAGUCUUUCCAAGGAAGCCAAGGGCGAGCCUAUCUCUUCAAUUCAGUAGUUAAUGUGGGCUGCGGUCCUGCAGAAGAACGGGUGUUGCUAACGGGACUGCAUGCGGUCGCCGACAUUUACUGUGAAAACUGCAAAACUACGCUGGGCUGGAAAUAUGAACAUGCGUUUGAAAGCAGUCAAAAAUAUAAAGAAGGCAAGUACAUCAUUGAAUUAGCUCACAUGAUCAAAGAUAAUGGCUGGGAUUGAAUGGCGAGGAGACCGUAUGCCUGCAAGCCGAAAGAGAGAGAGAGAGAGUCGUCAUGCAACCGAACAUUUUAUCUCUUAAAAUAAUAAUAUCUAUGAGCGAGUGACUGACAGCCGCUUGGCUCCAUGCAUUUGGGGGCUGUUGUCAUUGUGAUCGUGUUGAGAUGCUUCCUCGCACCCUCCUUUUCGCCAUCCUGAUCGACUUCCGUCUCUAUGCUUUUGGUAUCUGUUUGUAAGUCAAACUUCUGGUCAACUUCCCACCCCCUCCUCUUGUUUGCCCUCUGUGUUCUGGCAUUGGAUUGGGCUCAGUGCAAGCUGGUGGGGUUUUGGGGUGUUGUUUUUCAUCCAAGGGUCCUGGCACAUGGGAAGGAGCGCUGUCAGAUAUCAGGUGGGAGUUGCAUAAGGCCUUCCCCCUCCCCCCGCUUGGCCUUUAAAAAAAAAAAUCCUGAUCAACAAUGGCUUGAAACUUGAGGACCACAAAAUAUAUAUAUAUAUAUAUAUAUAUACACCUCAUGGCUGUUACCCUCUCAGCAUCUCAAAGACUGUCACCCAAAAGUCGUUGCUAGACACAUCCCUGGACUGGUGCGUCUGUUCUUAUUUUGGUUUGUCUGGAAGAGGUCACUUCGGACGUUUGUUUCUUGUACUAACCUUCGAUUGAGAGGGAAGGUUUCAGAGUCCUUGGGGCUGAGCUCUCUUUCCUGCUCUUCUCCCCCCAACCCUAUCUCUUGUUUCCUAGUGAAUGGAUCCACCCCAAAUGCUGCAGUGGUGAUCUUGGGACCUAAAGUUCUUAGCCGUGUUUUCCCCCGCGAGGGGCCUGGUGCGCGAAGUGGAGCCAGGCACUGCAUCAAAAGCAAAUUGGGGGUGUGGGGGAAUACUUUUGAAGGGCGCAGAUGGAGGCAAGAGGUGGUCCGUAUCCUUACAGAGCUGCUGGCAACUUGCAGCCUCCUGACUACUCCGGGGUGGGGGGGUCUGACCCGUCCCGCUAGGGUGAAGGAAAGUGAACCUAGAUCAGUCGUGCAAAUUAUAAGUUUGGCCAUCUGCGCUCAUUUUUUUUAAAGAGUCUUCUAUAACAGCACAGUGGGGGGGGGAGUGUCUCUGCAGGUGACAAAUAAUUUGGCCACGUUUUUACACUUGGGGACCGUGUUUUGAGCGUGGGCAAGACUGGCAGCUUGGCUCUGUCCAGCUGUUGAGGCAAAGGACUGUUUAUGGCCUUGUGAUGGGGAAACCUGUGGCCCUCCAGAUGUCGUUGGACUCCACCAUGGGGGAUGGUGGGAGUUGUAGUCCCAACAAUAUCUGGAGGGCCAACAUUCUACCCUCCCUAAUCCCCUGCUCUGAGAAAGUAGCCUUCCCUGCUGCAUGCGAGAGAUGGAGGAAUGUCUCUAUUUUUAGAAGAGGCAUCCCCUCCUGAGAGAGGAGAAUGCCUCUUAGAGCAGCCGCAGGGGUCCUGGGGGUCCCCAGGUGGUGUUGGACUCCCAACGCCCAUCAGCCCCAGCCCACAUGGCCAGUGAUCAUGGAUGAUGGAUGUUGGAGUCCAGCAACAUCUGCAGUCCUGAGGUUGACGAAUGCUAGGGGUCUACAUGCACCUUUCAUCGCUGGCCUAGCUAUUCAGCUACUCCUAGGAGAGGGGGGGAGAAAGUCAGCUCAGUGUAAGAGUUCACAAGCGUUGGCAGGUUUUGUUAGCUGGCCAAAAUCACCCUUUCCAAGGAAAUGGUGGUGGUGGAUCUUAACUCCUGACAUUGCGCUCGCUUUCAGCGCCAGUCUGAAAGCCACUAGGCCUCAGUUUUCACAGUACAAGGCCGGAGAGAUUAAAAGAAAUGGCUGUAGCCCUCGAUCUGGCUAAAAAUGUUGUUAAGAUUUGCAGGCGCAAGGGAAGUAUUACUAAUUAGUGCUCUAGGUGGACAAAAGGGGCAGAGUUAUGCACUGGGAGGGGGUUAGCCCCCUUCUUCUGAAUCUCUCUUGUUUGCUUCCAGAUCUCCAUCUAUUCAAAUGGAGAGAGGGAACCACCGAGGAGGCUUUGAGGGGUGGGUUUUGAGAGUCGCGGGUGGUUCAUAGCCCCCACCCAACCCAACCCCUUCUUUGCAUUUCAAUGCAUGGCUGAUCAAGGACACUGUGAAUUUGUGUUCCGUCACAGAGCAGCCGGUGUUUGACAAGUAACAUAAGCUUGUUUUUAACUGAAUUAAUUUGUACCCAUCUAAAUGAAUCCUUUUCCGUCUUUUUUUUAAAAAAAACACUCUUUUUUUCUUCAUUUGUUUAUUAGCUUUAUUUCUGGAAAUCAUGUUGGUUAAUCUGCUCUGCAAAACCUGUCGCAAUCUGGUGGCAGGAAAGAGAUCUAUAUCCCACGUCUUGUCAGGGCAGGAGCUGGAAGGGGCGCCUGCUUUUAAUGCCCGCGUCCCGUGCUGCCGUUUGGAGCUGUUUGUUCGGUUCCAAUGGUUUUUGUGGCCUACAUUUGGGAUUUCUCUUCCUGUGUGGGAGAUACUAACUCAGGUUAGCAGCAACAACAGGCCAAGUGCAAAAUUCUCAGUUAAGGGGAGGUUAGUAAGCAAAUAGAAAACAGCAAAAAAAGUUUUUUGUUUUCUAAAAAUAAACCUCCACUUGCUCACUAAAGUCAUUAGUUUACCAAUUAAUUGGCUUUAAUGGUGCAAGAUCAGUGCCUCCAUAAUUGUUGCUUGUACUAAAAUGCUUUACAGGCCUUGUUCGAUUCUGUAAGAGCGAAUGGGGCACUGCGCUACCAACCUCAACUAGCCCUCCAUCUUCCCACACUGGUUGCCAGUGUCUUCCUCUUCUUUAGGCAUUAGGGUUGCUCUUGUAGAAGUCCCCAGGAAGGACGAAAGUAGAACUAGCCUUUACUUACUGUUUGAUCUCCCUGCCUUUCCUCCCCAGUGUGCACCAGCCACCUUCCCCCAACGAGGUAGGCCCCCGUUCCCAUUUUCCAGUCCAGACCUGAGGCUGUGUUCAACCAAUGACUCCAUGAUUGAAAGGGUUGAUUCAGGAAUCCUGUUAUUACCAUGAGUAGCAGGCGCAAGAAGCAUGCUUGCUACGGUCAACCUCCAUGGUUUCUUUCCAUUUUGGGGGCAUCGAUUUCUCCACGGGGGUGACAUUCCUGAGUUGUCACACUUGCACAUUAAAAUGUCCCCAUCCUCUGGGUGUGUGCUGUGCUAUUCCUCCUAAUAGUGCAAUACCUAGCUUGGAUCUGAGAAGCCCAGUCUCCAAAACUCACGUCCAUUCUGUCCACUGUCACCAGUGUCCAUUGUAUAUCUGGCAAUACAUCCCAUAAUUAGGUAUGGCUGCAAUCCAUAUUUUAGUCAUUUGAUUCUUGAACCAUCCUUUAGGCAAUUCCUUCAGAGACAAUGUCUAUUUUCUUGUGCUGCUAAAACUAACCUCAAGUGCUUCUUAACAACGUUAGGUUUUGCUGCUAACUCACCCAUGACUUGCUGUUAGAAUACACACUCGUUCUUGAUAUAAGGAAAGCGACCAAAGUUGUCCUGACCUAGGGAUGGUGAACCUGUGGCUCUCCAGAUAUUGCUGGACUACAGCUCCCAUCAUCACUGGCCACACGGGCUGCUGGGAGUCAGAGUCCAUCAGCAUCUGGAUGGCCACAAGGCCCCUUGCCUGACUCGGGCCUCAACUGCACUUUAUAUUUAAAGCAGUGUUAUACCACUAUAAACAGUCAUGGCUUCCCCCUCCAAGAAUCUUGGGAAGUGUAGUUUGUGCAGGGUGCUGAGAGUUGUUAGGAGAACCCUAUUCCCUUCACAGAGCUGCAAUUUCCAGAGUUCCCUGGGAAGAGGGAUUGAAUUGUAGCUCCGUGAGGAGAACGGGGUCUCCGUAACAACUCUCAGCACCCUUCACAAACUACAGUUCCAAGGAUUCAUUGUGUGUGUGUGUGGGGCGGGGGAACCACAACCAUUUAAAAUGGUACAACACUGCUUUAAAUGUAUAGUGAGGAGUGGCCUGUGUUUGUAUGUUUAAAAAAUACUGCAUUCUAAAGCAAUGACUUUUGGAAAUGUGAGCUCUGUCUUUACAGCACAACCAAAGAACUUGGCCAUUUUUCGUCCCCAACUCAGUUGAAAGGUGCCGUCACUUCCCGAUGAGUACCAGGCUGCUGGGGUUAGCCUUUGUCUCCUGGAUUGGAGGUACAACAGGUAGAGUAAAAGUGAGCAUUGCGUUGCAGGGGUUGAAGUUCUCUCCUAAUCCUGAGGACUAGAACUAAUGCCGUUUUGCUAAAUCUUACACAUUCUAGAUGGAAAUGCCGUCCAUAUCUCCCAGUGAGCAACCCUUGGCUGAUAGAAAGGUUGGGUAUUUAAUUACAGCCCUCUGCCUCCCAUAAUUUGGUAGGGUUAUAUCACUCUCCCCAUUCCCCCCCCCUCUAUUUGGGGGAACUGUGUGGGUUCCUGAUUCAUAUAUAAAAUAAGAUUCUGAUGAUGAUACAUACAUACCAUACAAAGCAGUAUCUUGUGAUGUAUAUACUUUUGAUGUAAAUGAUAAUUUAUUUUAAAAAAUAACAUACCUGGUGCUUACUACCCACCCCCAGGUCAGACCCCCGAAAACACUUGUGUGUGUUACAGUUUUGAAUUGUUAAGAUCCUUUUUUCGCUAUCUCUUGCAAGCUGUUCUUCAAAGGGAAAUAAUACCGCUAUUUAGAUUACUGUUAGGCCUGUUUAUUUGCAAGGAGUUAGGCUCAAAUCAAGCAAGGAGUUGGCCUUAAGCAGGGCAGGAAAAAUAAAGCAAGCAAGUUCUACAGCUAGUGACAAUUCCCAUUGGACCUUGUAUGGAGGCAAGGUUUCAUUUUUAAGUUUGUUAAUAACUUCAGGGACACGAGCUAAUUCGCAUUCUUGAAGGUAGAGACAGAUGUUGAAAUAUUUCCUUGCUUUGGGACUUCCAUUAGAGUGCCCAGAGACUGCUAACUGUGCUGCUAACCUGCAUGGUGCUAUUGCAAAGCUUGUGUCAUUUGUCUUUUUAAAGUCGCUAUCUCUUGGAGUCUGCUCCUCAAGUUUCUAGCCCUUACAGAUCCAGAGAGAAGCUUGGAAAACACGCCUGUAUGAUACAAUGGACAGGGUGUGUAGGAUUGAAUCAGGGGAACAUUAGCCAGCAUGGCCAGUGGUAUGGCAGAUCAUGGGAACUGUAGUCCAACAACCUCUAGGGGGCCCACAGAUGUUCCCCCAGCCUGGCCACUGGCAGAACAGCCCCCCCGGUGAAAUUGUGCUCCUUCCACUUGCCCCAGAGAAGCCCAUCUCUUGCGUGUCUCUGCAUGAGUCCCUGUUCAGUGUGUGCCUCCUGACUGGAAAAGAGGUGCAUCAGGUAGCCUUUUAGUUAGACUCACAGGGUCCUUUUUAAUUAUUUAAUUUCUUGCAGCACACUGGCCUUUCCCUCUUGACAGGUAAAGACAGGUCCUGAUGCACAAUGUGGAAAUCAUUUAUUUGCAGGGCUUGCAAAACUGUCAAUGAUUUAUGUUAUUGUUAUAUGCCGGGGGUGGGGGGAGAUGGACAGGGAGAGAGUAGGAAAGAAGUCAGCAUUUACAUUUUCUGCCUUGGGUGCCACCAAAUGUAUUGGGUCACUUCGGUCUGCAUCUGCACAUGGAGGCUUCCUCUGAGCUAGACCAAAGAAUCGAUUUCAGAGCUCCUUCGUGGCCUCGAGGUUGCUUUAGCACUACUCACAGGUGGGUGUCCUCCAGCCACACAGAUGAAUCUCUUGAUUCCGUGAUUUCCGUAAGUCUCUGUGUUACCAGGGUGGCUGUGUGCAGCAGCCUAAUUCAGUAAGGCUAAUAAUUUGAGGCAAACAAGUUGGCAACAUAAGAGUGUCACUUUUUCAUCUCUAUUGGCACAAGCUUCUUCUGUUUGUAUCAUCAUAAGCGGGUCUGAAUGUGCAUGAGAGCCUCCAGUUUUAGGCUUUCGGGGUGAGGGGCAGGAGAUUCUGACAGGUGAAAAGGCACAGGAUCAGGACCAGGAAUAAAAGAUGGCAACCUCCGAUUCUAUCCAGCCAGGCUCUUCAAAUUGCAGAGCUUUUGUAGUUCUAGAUUCUGGUGAAGAGUUUACAUCUCCGGCAAUGAUGGCCUCAGUCUGUUGUCUGCUUCCUGCCUGCUUCCUUUCCUUAGAUUUUUCCGUAAAUCUCCAAGUGGACCAACAGCACAAAUUAUUGGAAAUCUGUUGUUCUUUAUGGUUGCAUAAUUCCCCCCCCCCACGUGUGUUAGAGUUUUUCCCCAAACGAAGAUAAUUAUGUAUUAAACCUACAUUUCAUUGUAUCAUUUCACUGGUGAGGAAGGAUUGCAUUCCCCUCUCCCCUCUGAGCCAUUCUCUGUGAAAGAAAUGGAUGGAUAAGUGAAGAAAUGCUUUACUUUGCCUACUGAAACAUUUUGGAAUAAUUGUGUGUUGCUUUUCAGGAAUAUAUAUAUAUAUAAUUUAAGAGAAAGAAAGCAGAGAGCUGGAAAGCUGUUGAAGAAACAGAAAACAAAUGGUUUUUAACUUUAAAUAAAACUGCACACGGAAAGAGUGAGUAAAAUAGCAUUAUGGGUAAGGUACAAUGGGCACCUUAAUGCUUUCUUUAAACGAAGCGACAAUAUUUCCAAUACCAGCCUGUCGUGUGGAUGCCCUUGUGUUUACAAACUGCGUAUAAUUAUUUCUUGGGUUUAUGUUGUUUGUAUGUUAUUUGUGGGUUUUUUUUCAUAUUCUUCAGGUUUUGCUUCAGUAAUAAACGUGUAAUUGUUUGAGGUUUUAUUUCUGGAUUUUUGUCUUUGCCCUCGUCGAAAUGUGUUUGUAUAUUGUACAUAGUACUUCAGUAUUAGAAGGAAGCAUUGUUUGUCCUGUUUACGAUAUGUGUUGG